GAAAAAAGAAUUCAGUCUCUCUCUAAAUUGAAUAUCUCCAUUGUCUUAAUUUCUGUGCCUUUCUCUAAUUUCUGUGCUUUUGUUAAUGUGUUACAAGAGAGACAAGAUUAUCAAGUAGCAAUCUUGUAGUAAACAAAGAUUUCUGAAAGACCCUUUUUAAGUGUUGUCUGAUGAUGAAGAGAUUAAGAAGUUCAGAUUCAGUAGGUGGUCUCAUCUCUUUAUGUCCUACAUCUUCUACAGAUCAGCUGAGUCCAAGAAGAUACGGGAGAGAAUUUCAGUCGAUGCUUGAAGGUUACGACGAGGAAGAAGAAGAAGCCAUAAUUGAGGAAAGAGGACAAUCUGAGAAGAAGAGACGGUUAAGCAUUAACCAAGUCAAAGCCUUGGAGAAGAACUUCGAGUUAGAGAACAAGCUUGAGCCAGAGAGGAAAGUGAAGUUAGCACAAGAACUUGGUCUUCAACCUCGCCAAGUAGCUGUCUGGUUUCAGAACCGCCGUGCACGGUGGAAGACAAAACAGCUUGAGAAAGAUUACGGUGUUCUUAAAACCCAAUACGAUUCUCUCCGCAACAACUUCGAUUCCCUCCGCCGUGACAAUGAAUCUCUUCUUCAAGAGAUUAGUAAAUUGAAGUCUGAGCUUAACGGAGGAGAAGAAGUGGAAGAGGAAGAGAACAACAACGUGACUAUGGAGAGUGAUGUUUCGGUUAAGGAGGAGGAAGUUUCGUUGCCGGAGAAUAAUAAUAUCACAGAACCACCACCGUCGUCUCCUCCGGAGCUUCUAGAACAUUCGGAUAGUUUCAAUUACCGGAGUUUUACGGAUCUCCGGGAUCUUCUUCCAUUAAAAGCUUCCGUCGCCGCCGCUGGAUCGUCGGACAGUAGCGACUCGAGCGCGGUGUUGAACGAGGAGAGUAGCUCUAACGUGACGGUGGCUCCGACGACGGUUCCCGGCGGUAGUUUCUUACAGUCUGUGAAAAUGGAGCAGACGGAGGAUCACGACGACUUUCUGAGUGGAGAAGAGGCUUGCGGUUUUUUCUCCGAUGAAGAACCGCCGUCUCUACACUGGUACUCCGCCGUUGAUCAUUGGACUUGA